GCGAGCGGUGGGGGCAGCUGUGUGCCAGCAGUAUGGCUACGGACUGGCUGGGGAGCAUCGUCUCAAUUAACUGUGGAGAGAGCCUGGGAGUCUACCAGGGGCGAGUGUCUGCUGUGGAUCAGGUCAGCCAGACCAUCUCCCUCACAAGGCCCUUCCACAAUGGGGUCAAGUGCCUCGUGCCAGAAGUCACCUUCAGGGCAGGUGACAUCACUGAGCUGAAAAUCCUGGAGAUCCCAGGGCCUGGGGACAGCAGACAGUGCAGGGAUCUGCAGCAGGCAGAAACAGGCAUCCCCGGGGUGGGAUGCCAAGUGGGUCCCAGUCAGAAUGGCACUGGGAAGGUGUUAAAGAAGCCCAUCUCCAGCAGUGCCCCCCAGAACAUCCCCAGGAGGACAGACAUGAAGAACCAGGACAUCAUCAUCUCUCCACAGCAGCAGUGCUCCAAGAGCUACAUGGAUCGACACGUGGAAACCCUGAGCCAGUCCAAAGGCUUCCGCCGCAGGCACAACUCCUGGUCCUCCAGCAGCCGUCACCCCAACCAAGUGACCCCCAAGAAGAGCGGCUUGAAGAACGGGCAGAUGAAGAGCAAGGACGACGAGUGCUUCGGGGACGACAUCGAGGAGAUCCCCGACACCGAUUUUGACUUUGAAGGCAACCUGGCCCUCUUUGACAAGGCAGCUGUCUUUGAGGAGAUCGAAACCUACGAGAGGAGGAGUGGCACUCGCUCCAGGGGGACACCCAACGAGAAGCCAGCUCGCUACAGGCACGAUGAGAACAUCCUGGAGUCGGAGCCCAUCGUCUACAGGAGGAUCGUCGUGCCCCAGAACGCGAACAAAGAGUUCUGCACGGACUCCGGGCUGGUUGUGCCAAGCGUGUCCUACGAGCUCCACAAGAAGCUGCUGUCAGUGGCAGAGAAGCAUGGGCUGACUCUGGAGAGGAGGCUGGAGAUGACAGGAGUGUGUGCCAGCCAGAUGGCCCUCAGCCUCCUUGGGGGACCCAACAGGCUGAACCCCAAGAACGUGCACCAGCGGCCCACGGUCGCCCUGCUGUGCGGCCCCCACGUGAAGGGGGCCCAGGGCAUCAGCUGCGGGCGGCACCUCUCCAACCACGACGUCCAGGUCAUCCUUUUCCUCCCCAACUUUGUCAAGAUGCUGGAGUCCAUCACCAACGAGCUGAACCUCUUCAGCAAGACACAAGGCCAGCAGGUGUCCAGCGUCAAAGAUCUCCCUGACACCCCUGUUGACCUGGUGAUCAACUGCCUGGAUUGUCACGAAAAUGCCUUCCUGAGAGAUCAGCCUUGGUACAAAGCAGUUGUGGACUGGGCCAACCAGAACAGGGCUCCUGUCCUCAGCAUAGACCCUCCCAUCAACGAGCUGGAGCAGGGCAUCGAUGCCAAGUGGUCACUGGCCUUGGGCCUGCCCCUGCCCCUGGGCGAGAGGGCAGGGCGCCUGUACCUCUGUGACAUUGGCAUCCCCCAGAAGGUCUUUCAAGAAGUGGGCAUCAACUACCACUCCCCCUUUGGCUGCAAAUUUGUCAUCCCCCUGCACUCCACUUAGAGCCCAGCCUGCCACAAGGCUCUGGAGAGAAGAGAGAGGCAGGAGGAAGAGGAAGAAGAAGAGGAGGAG